CCCGGAAGUCUGUGGCGGCGGAGGCGACUGUGUGGCCCCGUGUGAACAAAGCUGCUCUCAGGGACCCAUGUGCAUCAUCUUCUUUAAGUUUGAUCCUCGCCCUGUUUCCAAAAAUGCUUACAGGCUCAUCCUGGCGGCCAACAGGGAUGAAUUUUACCACAGACCAUCCAAGUUAGCAGACUUCUGGGGGAACAACAAUGAGGUCCUCAGUGGACUUGACAUGGAGGAAGGCAAGGAAGGAGGCACGUGGCUGGGCAUUAGCACACGGGGGAAGCUGGCCGCGCUCACCAACUACCUGCAACCACGGCAGGACCGGGAUGCCCGGGGCCGAGGUGAACUUGUGACCCACUUUCUGACUACAGACAUGGACAGCUUGUCCUACUUGAAGAAGGUCUCUGCGGAGGGCCACCUGUACAACGGCUUUAACCUCAUAGCAGCUGACCUGAGCACAGAGAAGGGUGAUGUCGUUUGCUACUAUGGAAACCGGGGGGAGCCUGAGCCUGUCGUCCUGGCACCAGGUGGAUCCAUACCUUGCAGCUUUUUCCAGCUUAGAGAUGGCGGGACCUAUGGACUAAGCAAUGCACUGCUGGAGACACCCUGGAGGAAGCUGUGCUUUGGAAAACAGCUCUUCCUGGAGGCCGUGGAGCGGAGCCAGGAGCUGCCCAAGGAUGCCCUCAUCGCCCAGCUCCUACACGUGCUCAACAAUGAUGAGGCGCAGCUGCCAGAUCCAGCUAUUGAGGACCAGGGCAGGGAGUAUGUGCAGCCCUUUCUGAGCAAGUACGCAGCUGUGUGUGUGCGCUGCCCAGGCUAUGGCACCAGAACCAACACAGUCAUCCUCGUGGACGCGGACGGGCAUGUGACCUUCACAGAACGUAGCAUGCUGGACAAGGACCCCUCCUGCUGGGAGACCAGCACCCACGAGUUCAAGCUGCAGAGCUAACCCUUCCCCCUGGAUGUGGCCACUGGGCUCCAGGAAGGCCCUGCCUCAAGGGCUAGUAUGGAUAGGAACUAUCACAUGUACUGCCUGUGACUUGGCCAGCAUCCCCCAGGACCAGGGUCCUCUGGUGUUUGUGUGACCUGUCUGUGUUGUCAUGUCCAGCUCAGGGUCCACCCUCAUGCCAGUGGGAGUGAGAGAGUCACAUGGCCAGGUCUGAGGGGGGCUCAGGUGUGCUAUGCAUGUGUGAAGGCACCUGGGCCUACCCCCUGCCCAAACACAGAGGCACAUACUCAAGGCACAUGUUUCCACGCAUACCUGCAGGUGCAUGGUCACACACACACACGCACAUGCACAUAUGAGCAACAGAGAGGUACACACACACACUCCCAGGCAUACCCACACAUGCGUGCCACACAGGCAGAGGUGUGCCUCUCACAUCCACAUGUGCUUCUGGCUAGUGGGUCUUUGCUUUGACCAAAACAACAGGAGUAGACUGUUGUUUAAGAGUGGCUCCUUUCCUGGGUGUAGUCCACUUCUGGACAACCAGACUUGCUCUUAGAGAGGAGAGGCCCCAUUUGGAAUGAGAAAUGAGAACAACUCCAGAAGAACCUGCUUUCAUAACAGAAGCACCGCCUGGUUGGUUGUCCUUUGUGCUCUGGGGGAUCUCCUAUGUGCAUGGGGUGGUCCUGUGGGGGAGGGGAGCGGUCUUGCAUGCACCAGGGGUCCUGUGUAUGCUGAAACACCUUGCCAGGCUCUCAUGCACCUACUUGUCUGCCCACUGGGGUCAUGGGUCCUGAGCAGGCUCAUCUCAGCAAUGGGACACAGCCAGCCCUUUCUAUUUCCCUUCUCCUUGGGGAGUCGGACUUCAUAGGAAUCUGUCCUUGAACGUGAGACCUUGAUAAUAAAACUCUGAGGUGUGGUGAG